AUGCCUGCAACAAAUUCACGUUCACUUUUAAACGCACUCAAAUCUUUUUUUAAAAGUCAAUACUGUCACGAUGAUAUUCUCAAACUUUUACCAAAUGAUAAAUCAGAUAUACCAAAUGUUCUAACAUUCACAUUGAAUUAUUGUAAAUUAUUGGAAUAUGAUUUUGAAUUGGCUCGACUUCUCUGGGAUUUGGGAUCACGAGCUCGAUAUUUUUUCGAUAAACUUACUGAAGCAUUUAAACAAGUAGCGAUUGAAUUAUCCGAUUAUUCAUUGCCUGAAGAUAUAAAAACAAAAAUCAAAAUAGUAAAAUUUGGAAGUAAUCGAUCCGAUCUUGUUCGUUAUGAAAUUCCAAAUUGUCAUGACCGUGGUUAUUUUAUUUGUUUUCAUGGGACUGUUAUACGUGUUGGAACUCCUUAUGUUUUCGAUGCAACACGAUCCUAUCAAUGUGAAGAAUGUGGUUCCAUAGUAGCAGUAACAAAAUCAAGUAAUCUGGAAAAAAUUAAAUUAAAACCAACACGAUGCUCAAAUGAAGAUUGUACAUCAACUAAAUUUGGAUCAUUGAAAGAAUCUGAAGAUACAACAAUAAAUCUAUCGGAUUAUCGUGAAAUUAAAGUUCAAGAGUCAUUACAACGUGUAACAUCAAAUAAUUUACCACGUUCAUUUAGUGUUAUUCUGGAAGAUGAUCUUGUCGAAGCUUGUAAACCAGGCGAUGAUGUUGCUAUUUAUGGAUUUGUUCAAGAUCGUUGGCGUCCAGUACAAGUAGGUGGCCGUGGUCAAACAUCUCUAUGUUUAGAAGCAAAUAAUGUUGUUGUAUUGAAUGAUCAAACGGCGAGUGUUUCACCACAUGCUUAUGAUGAAUUUGAACUCUAUUGGAAAGAUAAUCAUCGAACACCAAUCUCAGCUCGAAAUCGUAUCAUAGCUAGUAUAUGUCCACAACUGUAUGGACUCUAUGUAGUUAAAUUAGCUAUAGCACUUAUUCUAGCUGGUGGUGUAACUAUUUCGGAUGAAAAACGUGGCAUUCGUGUUCGUAGUCAAUCACAUUUAUUGUUAGUUGGUGAUCCGGGUACUGGAAAAUCAUUUUUUCUUAAAUAUGUAGCAAAAAUGAUGCCGCGAGCUGUACUAACAACAGGAGUUGGUUCUACGAGUGCUGGCUUGACAGCAACAGCGGUUCGAGAUGGACCCGGUUGGACACUGGAAGCUGGAGCUUUAGUCUUAGCUGACGAAGGUAUCUGCUGUAUUGAUGAAUUUAAUACAAUGAAAAGUCAAGAUAAAGCUUGUAUACUCGAAGCCAUGGAACAACAAACAAUUAGUUUAGCUAAAGGAGGCAUGUUACGAACAUUACAAACACGUUGUUCAAUCAUAGCAUCAGCAAAUCCAAAAGGAGUUUACGAUAAUGAAGAUCCAUUGACAAUCAAUACUGCACUUUCAUCACCAUUAUUGAGUCGAUUUGAUUUAAUUCUAUUGACACUCGAUACACCAAAUCAAGAAUGGGAUAAUAUUGCAGCAACAUAUAUUACCGAAGGCGUUGAUUUACUUGGUCAUGGCGCUUUGAAAAAACCAUGGCCUAUUACUAAAAUGCGUGAUUAUUUUAUGACGAUUAAAUCUGCUGAACCCAUAAUGACAUCAGAUGCUGAAACAAUUAUUAAAACAUAUUACUCAGUGGCUCGGCGAGUUACUGAGAAUACUGAUCGACAUAUUACUGUACGUCAAUUGGAAAGUACCGUUCGUUUAGCACAAGCUCAUGCAAAAUUAAUUUUUUCGAAACAAGUCACUAUUCUUGAUGCAAUUGUUGCUGUUCUAUUAAUGGAAGCAAGUCUCAAUGGUUGUGGAAAAUUAUUAGAUAAAAUUAAUGCUCUUCAUACAACGUUUUCUGAACAACCAGAAAAAGAAUACGAAGGACAUGUUCAUCUUGUUCUUGACUGGCUUAAUCUUCCUGUUUUACGUGAUCUUGAACUAAACCGUAUUAAGAAUGAAUAUGAUAAAUCCACGGCAUGGACUGAAAAUGAUGUGAAUGAAACUCGAACGAUGCCACGUGAAUUUAAAAAACCUCUGACACCACCAAUGCCACCGCCUCCACCUCCACCACCAACAACAGUAUCAACUGGAAUGGCAACUCAAGCAAAUAACGCAUUGAAACUUCUUAAAUCACACAUUGCAGAGCUAGAGAAAAUAGAAGAAGUCAAAUCAACUCAACGUGUUCAACAAUAUUCUACACCAAUUACAACUAAACCGCCUGUAUUCGAUAAUAAAUUAAGCCCGAUUGAUAAAACUGGACCAGUAACACGCAUCAACAAUCAAGUACUUGUUCCAAUACAGGAAUAUGUGGUGGACGACGAACAAUCUCAAGUGAAACGAUGUAAAAUUGAUCAUGAUGAAACGAAAUUUAAUUUACAAAAACAAGAUAAUAAAGACGACGUGUGUUUGAGUACGCUCGAUGAUAUUACAGAUGAAGAUUUGUGUUAUUGA